AUGUCGAUUUUGACACCCAAGGAGGUGACCAUCCAGACCCCCGACCAACCCGGGACCCUGCAACCUGCCAGCACUUUGUCUUCGACAACGCCGCCAUCACCAACCACGCCUGCUUCAGUAUCCAGAGACCAAAUACCUUUCGAGAUUAAGAAUGGACAGACCGGGAUGGCUCCUGAGCCCGUCCCCGGACAUGCUCAAGAGCCUCAACAUAUAGUAGCUAUCGAGGAUCCAUGCUCCCCGGAACGUCUCCGAAAUCAAUAUUUCGAGCAUCUAUACACUUCCAACACUUCUCUAGCAUUCUACGUCAAAGGUCCUUUGAGCCGUGCUCGAGCACAUGUGCGUUCGACAGCAUUUCCAUUGAAAGCCAUCCUGGAACUGUCUGACUUCUAUGAACAAAGUAUCCUUACGACUAAAAAAAUCGACCUGAAAUACAAGGAAUCAUUGUCUAACAUAGUUAAAGGACUGGGAAGUGAACACGGAAGUGGGGAUCUUCAAAAGAAAAGGCAGAAGAAGAAGAAACCACAACAGAAAUUGGGCAAGGACUGCCUCUGGCCUGAAGAGGAAGAAUCCAUUAGCAAAUGGUGGCGCAGUCGCGAUUUGAAGUCGGCCAUGAGGGCCACUUCCCAAGCUGAGGAAAUGCGCAAAGAGCUAGCAGAUUUGCGUAUGCGAGAGUCCGAGAUGCAGAUGCUUUUGAUCCUCGAGGUGAUGCUACUGAAUCUGGCUUUCUCAAAGCUUUCGGAGGAGCAGAAAACCCCACCCGAUCCAGAGGUCAAGGUUGAGUCCAUUGAAGACGACCCCUCAGCAAUGUUGGCCAAAACACCCCAGAAGCAGAAGUCCAAGAAGAAGCGUGAUCUAACCGGAGAACUAGACACCAUAGUCGACCGCCUGUGUAUCUGGCACACCGUGGGUCAAGACGAACUGGGCACAGCUGUCAACACCGGCAACAGCAGCAGUAUGUUGAAGCAAAGCGACUCGCUACGCGACUUCUGCAAAGACGUGCUUUUGCCGUUCUACUCAGCAAAGCUCCCUGAGCAGGUCAAAUCGAUAUCUCGGAAACUUGGAGGGCCGGAAAUCUCACCCAAACGACCGAAGCCUGUUCCUCAUCAAGGACAAUCUCGAGCACCUGCGAUGGGAGCCUCCUCUUCCUCCCACUCCAGACUCCAUUCCAGGUCAGGGCAAGUACACCCGCUGGCCAGACGGACCCUUGAACGUGUUUUGAGUGAAGAUCAAGCGCACCGCCAUGCAUCACCACCGACCACCCUUUCCCGCUCAUCGACCGCCCCUUUGGCAAUGAAUGGUAUGAUCCCUACGCUAAAACGCGAGCCGUCCGAACGGCCGCUGUCCCGCGGUGGCAUGAGCAUGCUGGUCAAAUCUGCCAGCUUCAGUAACCGUGAAAUCGACCUUGUUUCGGACAGUCGAGCACAUGAGGUGAAGCGCCGCAAACUUGAUCGCCUGGCGCAGCAAAAGCAGGAGCUCGACGCCGCAAUCGAGGCUCUCAGACGGCCUAGUAGGACCACCGUUGCCGGCGCGUUCAUGGACGAUGUGGAGAAACGCGCGGAACAGACGAAGACAGUGCAAAUCACUGCGACGCCGCGAGCGCGUAGGGUCGGUGAUCGAGCUGUAAUUCAGGGCCACGACCACUCUGAGACAGAGUUGUUGCACUCAUUGCCUCCCCUCGCGAUUGCCGGCCAACAGCAAGACAGAGACAAAGAGAUGAUGACGACGGUGGUGCCGUCCUCGACGGCUAAACCCAGCUCGAGCGGGAUUAGCAUUCACCCCAGCAGAUCGUCCGCCACGAAACGAGCAGUCUUGUCAGCAAUCCACGAGACUCCAUCCCGCGGCAUGGAAGGCAAGACAACCAACCCGCUAGGUCUGGCCCGGCACCAGCCGCGACCAAUAUUGUCUUCGGCCAACGCAAAUGACGACCACAACAAAGAACGCGGCAUGAUGAUGACGCCGGCGCGGGAGCCGAGGAAACAAACCACUUCGAAGAGAAACGACGACGACGACGACGUUCACAUGGGGACGCAGCUGUCCCCCGCACCAAUUUCAGCUCUUUCCUCGAGCCGCUCUCAAUCCCAGGAGCUGCAAUCAUCCACCAUGUCUCGUUCGCGCCGUCCCGUCCUGUUCACCCCGAUCAAGAAGUCCGAUGUCAGCGUAGAAUAUGCGUUCCGUGAUGCGCCCGAGAUCCCAGAGCGGGCUGGAAAGAUGAUGGAUCGAGUGAUGGGCGGGAAAGCGAGAGCAUUCCCUUCCAGCUUUGGAGCUUGGGACGAGGUCGGCGCCGGCCGCAAUCCGGAGGCCAGAGCACGUGUAGGACUGCAAAAUAGCCUAGAAAGGGCAAAGGACGCAGCAUCUCCUGUCCUACAGGCUGAUGGCAAUGGUGAUGACGGCGACAUCUACGCAAAACUCGGCUGGAACGAUGAUGACUUUGACAUCUGA